AUGCCAUCGGAGGAGUUGGUCCGAGGGGUGCUCUACUUGUCCCUCACCGUUGUGGGAGUCCCAGGUAAUGCUAGCGUCAUCCUAGCAUUCCUCCUCUUGCUCUACCAGGAGAACCGCCUCCUCCCAGCUGAUGCCAUCGUCCUGCACCUAGCCUGUGUCAACCUGCUGGUGGUGGUGGUCCGCUGUCUGCUGGAGACCCUGGCCUCCUUCAGCCUGGCCAACAUCUUUGGAGACCUAGGCUGCAAAUCUGUCAUCUUCGUGUACAGAGCAUCCCGUUCCCUCUCAAUCUGGAUCACCUUCCUCCUGAGUGCCUACCAGUGCCUGAGCAUCACCCCCCCCGGCUCACGCUGGUCCUCCGUCCGCACCUUGUUGGCCCGCUAUCUGGGCUUUGUGUUCCUCUUCCUCUGGGUGCUCAACACCUGCAUGACCUCGGCAGCCAUUCUCUUCUCAUUUGGCACCAAAAAUGAGUCCAGCCCAAUAAUCAAUGGCAUCAACGUACAAUUCUGCUAUGUAAACUUUCCUUCAAAGUUGUCCAAAGAGGCGAACGGGAUAGCUCAGGUGGUCCGGGAUGUGGUGCCCAUGGCCCUCAUGACUCUAGCCAGUCUGAUCCUCCUGGUGUUCCUUUACAAGCACAGCCACCAGGUGAAGGGGCUCCGCUGCAGCAGCGGUGGGGGGGGAGGUGCUGAGCAAAGAGCUGCCAAAGUUGUGGUAGCACUUGUGAGCUUGUAUGUGGUUCUUUAUGGGGUGGAUAAUGGGCUUUGGGUGUAUACUCUCACUGUGAGCGAGACCAUGCCUUCCUCGCUGAUCUCUGACCUGCGCAUAUUCUUCUCCUCGCUCUAUGCAGCGCUAAGCCCCGUGGUCAUUAUUGCCUCCAACAGGAAGGUGAAUGGCAGGCUGAAGUGUAUAGUGCAGGAGAAGCCUGCUCAUGAGAAAGACACGAGUCUUACAAAUAUGUGA